AUGUCAAUCAUAGUAACUGCUACAGCUACUACCACCACCACCACCACAUCCUCUCCAUCUCCUCAAUCAACCGCCAUACCCAGUACCAAUAAUGUUGAAAACAAUACUAUCGCUACUUCAUCAUUGAUGUCUGCAUCCUCUUCAUCAUGUUCAUCUACAUCUUCCACUUCAUCGUCAUCUCCAUUCUUACAGGCUACUGAUUCAACUGAUUCAUUAAACUCCCAAUCUUCAGUAUCAACCAUCAAAUUAUCUCCAUCUCCUUCAUUAACUAUUUAUAAACCUUUACAAAAACAAUAUCAAAGUCAUCAACAAAUCCAUCAUACUUUGGAUGUUCCAAAGAUCGUUCCUCCUUUAGUUCGUAAAAAGUCAGGUGAAUUAGUCAAAUCUUCCUUGAAAUUACCUUCAUUAUUACCAAAAGCUUUAAGUACAUCUCAAUUAAAUCGUUCUAAAUCAGUUCGUUUUGCAUCAAGAUUAACCAACAUUAAAAUGUUUGAUGGUAUGGAAUCUCCUUCAACUGUAUCUACUAGUGAUAAUACUCCUAUUCAUUCUCCUCAAUUUAUGGAUGAAUUUGAUGAUUUACAAGAUGAAUAUACUUUACAAUCAUCUUUACCUCCAUUAUCCAUGAAAGGUCAACGUCAUCAUAAUAGUCAUCGUCAUAAAAGAAGUGAUUAUUUCCAAUGGUAUGGCAAUGAUCUUGCUUCUGAUACUUCUAGUGAUGAAGAUGAUUGGUCAAUUCAUCCAACUACUAUUCCAAGAUCAAAUUCUGCAUCUGCUGCUUCAUAUAAUCCUCAAUCUCAAAGUAAUACUAAUACUGGAAACAAAAAGGAAUAUAAAAUUGUUUAUAAUAACUUACCAAGUAUGCAUCCAUAUAAUCAACCAGUUUAUGUUGCUUCAAUUUCAUUAAUUAAAGAAUUUGGUAAAUCAUUUUUAUUUGGUUUAAUUAAUGUUGAAAAUAUGGGAUUUGAAAAGAAUUUAAUGAUUAAAUUAUCCAUGAAUAAUUGGCUUUCCAAUAUUAUUUUUAAUAAUGGUUUAACUACUAGUUUUAAUAAAUCAAUUAAUUCAAAUACUGAUCAAUUUAAAUUCAAGAUUUUAUUGGAUGAUUUAAUUGGUGAAGAACAAGCUCCAACUGAUAAAAAUGGUAAUAUUAAUAUUCAAAUGUGUAUUAAAUAUACUGUUAAUAAUCAUCAAGUUUAUUGGGAUAGUAAUAAUGGUGCCAAUUACCAAAUUCAUUUGGCUCCAAUGUUAAGUGGUAUUCAAUCUUAUACUUAUAAGCCAUCAACUCCAUCACAAAAGGCUAAUCAACAACAAGUUCAAAAACAAGUUCAAAAACAAGAAUAUCAAGAAUUGGUAUUGAAAUUAAAAGCUAUUGAAUUUGAACCUGAAACUACUAAUCAAUCUCAACCAGUGGCAAGUUUCUCAUUGAAAUAUAAUUUUACUGAUCAUGAUUCAAAUGUAAGACCUUCAUUAAAACAUUCUUAUUCUGCUUCUGAUAUUCCUCAAUCAAGAUAUUCUCAAGCCUAUAAAUCAAAACAUCAACAACAAUCACAACCAUCAUCUAAUUUAAAUUCAGUUAGUUCUGCCAGACCUUUAUCAACUGAUUUUAGUUCAUUAAGUUAUACUGAUAUCAUUAAUAAAUUUUGUUUUUCAAAUGGAGAAUCAACCAUUACUUCAGGUACUGUCAAUGCAUCUGCUGCUACUACUGCUGUUCCUUUAAGUACUACUACUACACCAUCAAUCCCAUUUCAUCAACCAUUACCAAUCAAAAUCGCCCCACCCAAUGAAUCAACCAAUAGUUUAAGUUGUUCUCCAACUCCAGCUUCAACAUUCCAUUCAUUUAGUGAUUCUAUUCAUAUUUAA